UUUCUAUUUUGGCUGUCUUGUAUAAAGUAAGAGACAAUAACCAUGGAUGCGUACAAUUUUUAUUUGUCAACUCUAAGAUAUAUAAUGAAUGCUAAAAGUAAUGACAAGGCCACUUGGUGUGACAUUUUUAAGUAUCUACCUUGUCUCCGUCAAAUGCUCUCAUGUUGUGUAUGCGGAAGCAUCUUGCUUCGUCCCCAUGGACCAACCCAUGGCGUUUGUUUACAUCAUGUCUGCCAGCGUUGCGUAGGUGGACGAAUGCGGUUAAAACCAUCAUGCAGCUGGUGUAAAGAUCAUACUAAUUUUAAGGAAAAUAGAAAGCUUCGAAUACUGAUAAUGUGUUUCAAACGUUUGUGCACAUAUGUUUUAAGCUCGAAUUUAGGAAUUGAGAUUUCAAAAGCAUCAAUAAAUGGAUAUGGAAGUGAAGCGGAAAGGACACUAAACGUCCUGAAAGAAGCUGAACAAUUUGAUGAUGACUAUGUUCUUACCCCACCGCCUUCAGAGCUGCCAACUGUUUCCAAGACAGUUUCAGGGGGGAAAAGAUCAUCCACCUCAAAUGAAUUUUAUGACUCCACUGGAGUAGCUGAUGGAAAUGUAAUAUUUAAGCGAAAAAGAGGAAGACCUAAAAUGAAUGUGAAGCCUGACAUGAAGAAAAGUAAUCUCACAGAGCACGCAAAAAGAUUAAAGAAGAAAGCUUUGAAUUCGAGAUCUCAAAAUAGCACAAAGAAGAGACUAAUAAAAUCCUUUUCCAAAAAUGAGCAUCAUGAAAGUUAUAAAAAAACACCACCAAGUAAUUCAGGCCUUCUAAUUUCUCAGAGGCCCCAUCGUCAUAGGUCAGGAAAAUUUAGUGUUGGUCAACUUUGGCGAGAAACCUUUCUUGAAGAAACUCAGACUGAAUCAUAUCCUGACUCUGGGAUAGAGGUUGGUAAUUCAAGUGAUCUUGACCAUAAUUCACAUCCUCCAUCAACGGCCAAACAAUCUGGUGAGACAGCAGACCCUGCUGCAAAAAAGCAGGAUGUCAUUCGAAAAGAGACUAGGCUUCAUAAGAAUAAUGACACUGAAAGGAAUGGAGCCUUGUCUGUCAAUGAUGGAGUAGAGAAACCACGACUUACUUUGACUAUAUCAACUAAGAGGUUUCAUAACAAUAAUUUAAAGCGCCAGUUCAAUAAAUCUCCUAGUCCAACCAAAACUAGAGACCUCUCUUUCAGGGCUGGGGCUAUAAAUUCUCUGGAAUUUCUGCCUGGUCAGAAAAAGUUGAAUUCAAAACUGUCUGCACCUGUUAAUGUUAAGUCAACAAAACAACAUUCAGAUAUUUGUAAAUGUGCAAGAUUCAAACAGCCCAAUCGCUUGACCUGUUUUGGGCAGAAAUGUCCAUGCUACAGUGAGCGUAGACCAUGUGUUGACUGCUUGUGUAAUGGUUGUAAAAACCCACUAAAAACUCCAGACACAGCUCCACCGUUAAUGCACAUCAUCAAAGAUGUUGAUAGUCUUGACCACAGUCACGAUCGCAGUAUGCCACGCUUGUCUCCAAUACCACGCAUAUAAUAGUCAUGAAACAUCAAACAAUUUUUUAAAAUGUAACAUUCAUGUGGAAAUGUUCGGUUUUUCAUUUUCAACUGUUGAUGAUAUGUUCAUGUUGUUACUCCUAUUGUUGUUGCAGUUUGCUUGUCAAUGCACUUUCCUCCAAUUUGUUCUUUCAUUCAUCAUUUAAAAAAUUUGUUGGAUGAGACUGGUGAAAUGAAAUUAUGGCCCUGUACAAUUUUUUUGAGGAUUUACAGCACAUAACAAUGUUGUAAACAUACAUGUACUUUUAUUUUACCCC